CGCGGAACUACACACAUCUCCGACUCCUCAUCUCUCCCGUACUAGUUCGGUGCCGUCAUAAACAGUGUCAUGUAGUGUUACAUGUUACAUUUGUCAAACUUUUGAAUUCCAUUCCAGGUGAUUGUAAAUCGCGAAGUGAUUAUGGUCCGCUUCUUUUAUAAAGCUUUGUUGUUGUGUAAUUUUAAAACUUCAUAUAUCUGCAUAUCGUGUAUCUAAAGUGGAGAAGCAUAUAAUAGAAAUGGGUAUUGUUUACAAUUUCUUUGACAGAUAUGCAUGAUGCAAAAAAUAUUGCAUUAGAGCAUUAAGGAGCAGUUAAAAAACUUUAGAAUAUAAAACAAUAGAUGUAUACAAAAAAUGUAUUAUAAGGGCUCAAAUUUAUAUAAAUAACAGCUCACUAAAAAACUUAAAAUUCAAAAUUGCAUGGUAACUAUUUUUUCGUAGUAAACCCGUUAAUGGGACCUUUAUAAAUUAAUAAUCUUAGCUAAUUAAAGUCCAAUAUACAAACUGAUAUCGCAGCAAGGCAUUACUGGUAUAUUUUGUAUAGAAUGUUUGUAAAUUCUCUUAUUUAUCUUCAAAUUUUGAUAUAAUAAUUCUGUUUAUUCCAACAAACAAGGAAAGUAAUAAAUUUUUGAAAUCGUUGAAAAAUUCAAAACUAUUUUUGUUUGAUUGAUAAAAAUUUAUAAAUAUGGAAUUUAAUUCACAAAAUUUAAAUUUCAUUAUGUUUUGGAAUAUUAUGCUAAACAAACUGGUUGUUAAAUCAAUUUUAAACAAGUCGCUGCGUUAACCAAUUGACCACCCUACAUGUGUAUAACAGUCACUUAGUGGUCAUUUAGUUCUCAAUUCUGUAAUAACUUUAAUAAAGUGUGGGUGUUAGAGAUGAGUGGGAAGGGGAGUGAACAACAGCUUUGGAGAGCAGUGCAUCUUUAGUCAACCAUGCGCGCCUCUACCUAAUAUUGACACCAUGCCGUUAUCCCCGUGUAAAGAAGAGGGUGAGGAACAACCCUCUGAUGGCAGGGCUAGGUCCUCAAAACCUGUUGUCGUGUCAAACACUAAACUUAACAACGCCAGGUUGGAGAGUAGGAGGGGGGAUGGUGCCGACAUGUCGCUGCAGCCGCCUCCGGACCGGCACCGCAAGUUCAGUUUCCCGGCCACCCUUCACCGUAAUCUGCUGGGGUUGCCGGAGCGGCAGACACCGCGCGCGGCCAAGCGUCGCUUCAGCACAGUCACCGAUGUCUCCAGGAAGUUCUCCCACACGAUCGGCUGGCGCAGCAGCAGCGUGCCCACGGCGGACAUUGUGGCUCAGGGCAAGACUAUGUGUGGACAGUAUAUCCGGUGUCGACUGAAACGAUCCAAUAUGUUCAACCGGAAGUGUGGACUGCAAAGGCUCCGCAGUGCCAUCAGUCUGCCCGGGGGCUAUGUGGUGCGGGAGGUGUUCCCGGAGUUGCUCAGUAUCGGCCAGGAGUUGGAGAGGAUGCAUCCGGAGCUCUACAGCGGUGUGGGGCGUCAGGCUAGUUGUACUCCAGUGUUGGCUACGGAGAAGGCAGUGACCGGGGUGCUGACAGGGGUGGCGAGAGAGCUGGGGAGGUCAGAUCUCACCUGGGCCAAGGUGGUGUCGCUGUACGCGGUGGCUGGAGGGCUGGCUGCCGACUGUGUGAGACAAGGGCAUCCGGAGUUCCUGCAGACCCUGGUCGAGUCCAUGGGAGAGGCACUGGAUUACCACGUGGCCGACUGGAUCGCUCAUAACGGAGGAUGGACAGGGCUGUUGAACUAUUGCAAGCCUGGUAACAACGACAUCUCUCUGGCCGGUUUUGUUGGGUUGCUGGCAGCCGCUAUGGCCACCGUCUUCUUCCUCUUCAUCCUGCUCCGGUGGUUCGGCAGGUUCACUUUUUUCUGACACUAAAAUGUCGAUAUCCUCUGUAAAUAACUGAAUGUAAAUUAAUGUUUAUUAAAUGUUAGUUAAGCGAU